AUGCUCCAGGAAAGCCUGCGCGUCCUUGUUGUUGGCAGUGGAGGCCGGGAGCAUGCAUUUGCGUGGAAACUCAGCCACUCGCCGAUCGUCGAUAUCGUCUAUGUGGCCCCUGGGAACGGGGGAACCGCAGCAGGAGACUCCAAAAUAACCAACGUCGAUAUUAAGGCUGAUGACUACUCCGGGUUGGUAGCGUUUUCCCAAAAGAACAAUAUUAAUCUUGUUGUUCCUGGUCCUGAAGCCCCGCUGGUGGACGGCAUUCUGAAAUUCUUCCAAUCAGUUGGAAUAAGAUGUUUUGGUCCCUCGCAAGCAGCUGCGCGCAUGGAAGGCUCAAAAACAUUUUCCAAAGACUUCAUGAAACGCCACAAUAUCCCAACCGCUGCCUACGAAAACUUCAGUGACUAUGCAGAAGCAAGUAAAUAUCUAGACUCUGUCAAUCAUGAUGUCGUCAUCAAAGCUAGUGGCCUUGCUGCAGGAAAAGGUGUCAUCAUCCCCCAAUCCAAAGAGGAGGCUCACAAGGCCCUGAGGGAAAUCAUGCUUGAGCGCCAGUUCGGAGAAGCCGGAGAUGAGGUCGUGAUCGAAGAAUACCUCGAGGGAGACGAGUUAAGUAUUCUGACAUUCUCCGAUGGAUAUACCGUCAGGUCACUCCCACCGGCUCAAGACCACAAGCGGAUCUUCGACGGAGAUCGGGGUCCUAACACGGGAGGAAUGGGAUGCUACGCCCCUACGCGCAUUGCGUCAAAGGAUGUUCUGGAAGAGAUUGACAGGACUAUAGUUCUCCCUAGCAUUAACGGAAUGAGGAGAGAAGGCUUCCCAUUUGUUGGAAUUCUGUUUACUGGGCUCAUGAUGACCAAGGACGGACCCAAGGUCCUUGAAUAUAACGUCCGUGGCGGCGAUCCCGAAACACAGACACUUCUGCCUCUCCUCAGUGAUGACACUGACCUUGCUGAGGUGAUGGUUGCUUGCACAGACCACUGGCUCGAUGGUGUCACUAUCAAAGUUGAACCAAAGUUCUCUGCCACCGUCAUUGCCGUCGCCGAGGGUUACCCAGGUCCCUACGCAAAGGGGAGAGAUAUCACACUGGACGCACACACUGCAGAUAUCCUAAUUUUCCACGCGGGCACCACGUUAACAAACAACCAACUUAAAACCUCCGGCGGCCGCGUUAUCGCCGCGACCUCAACCGCCCCAACACUAGAAGAAGCAGUCAAGAAUGCCUACAGAGGCAUCUCCACAAUCCACUUCCAAGGCAUGCACUAUCGCAAGGACAUCGCGCACCGCGCCUUCAAAUCUACCACCACCACGAAAACCUCCCCAUCUUCCACCCCCGCCAAACCACUCACCUACGCCGCAGCCGGCGUCUCCAUCGACGCAGGCAACGACCUGGUAAAACGAAUAAAAGCCAACGUCGCCCAAACCUGCCGCCCAGGAACCGACGCCAUAAUCGGCGGCUUCGGCGGCACCUUCUCCCUCUCAACAUGCAACUCAGGCUUCCACCCCUCCUCACCCACGCUAAUCGGCGCCAUCGACGGCGUGGGUACAAAACUCGUCAUCGCCCACGAAAUGGGCAUUCACAACACCGUCGGCAUCGACCUGGUCGCCAUGAACGUCAACGACCUUGUCGUCCAGGGCGCCGAGCCCCUCUUCUUCCUCGACUGCUACAGCUGCGGCAAGCUCGACGUGGUGACGGCUGCCGCAUUCGUUUCUGGCGUUGCUGCUGGCUGCGUAGAUGCUGGCUGCGCACUGGUUGGUGGUGAAACGGCCGAAAUGCCGGGCUUAUACGCUGGCACGACAUAUGAUGCCGUUGGCGCUGCGGUGGGCGCAAUCGACACCUCGUCCCGUGCAAUCCUGCCAGACCUGGACAAGAUGCAGGUCGGCGAUGUGCUGCUGGGGCUUGCUAGCAGCGGUCCGCACUCCAACGGGUACUCCCUGGUGCGCAAGAUUGUCGAGCGGUCCGGACUGUCAUACCAUGACGCAGCACCCUUCGAGACAACAGCACCGUCUUUGGGCGCUGCGCUGCUGACGCCAACACGGAUUUAUGUUAAGCCACUCCUGGCCGCACUUGGAUCGGUGCAUGGUGCUAUCAAGGGUCUCGCGCAUAUUACUGGUGGCGGACUCGUGGAGAAUAUUCCCCGUGUGCUGCCGAAGCAUUUAUCAGCGCUUGUUGAUGUGUCAUCGUGGCCUCUGCCGCCGGUAUUUAGGUGGCUGAAGAAGACUGGUGGUGUUACUGGGGCCGAAAUGGGUCGGGCGUUUAAUAACGGGGUUGGGAUGAUUGUUGUUGUUGGGAAAGGGGAUGUAGAGAAGGUGAAGGGUCUUUUGGAGCAGAAGGGGGAGAAGGUGUUUGUGGUUGGGGAGUUGGCGGCGCGCGGAGACGAUGGGGGCUGUGUUUUGAAGAAUUUGGAGAGCUGGGAGGAGUAG